GCGCCGCGUGACCCCUCCCUCCCCACGGCUCCUCGUAUAAGAGGCCCGCGCCCCUGCCGCCGUUCCCAACACCGAGCAGCUAGCCAAGGCAACAACGUAUCCGAAUCCGACCCACCUGUCCACCACCUGCGAGCUCUAGAGGCCAGGCCAUUGCAGAUUGCACUCUCCCCUCCCUUCGUCUUGCGCGCGGGCAACCUUCGUUCCGGGCUGGUUCAUCGAUGGACGGCGGCGGGGACGCGUUCGCGGUGGCGGCUAACCCUUGGUCGCUGGUCCGCGGCUACUUCUCCCCGGCGACGCUCUUCCUCCUGCUCAACAUGGUCAUCGGCACCAUCGCGCUCACCUCCCGCUCCCGCCGCCGCCACCUCGACGAAGACCAUGACCAUCACUACCAAUACCAGCAGCAGCACUGCGGCGAUCGGCACCAGUACGCUCCGGCGCCGCCUCCGGCGCCGCUCGCGCGCACGUCUUCGGUCAUGGAGCGCCUGCGCUCCCUGGGCCUCUACCGCUUCCGCUCCGGCGACUUCCCGCCCGAGUACAACCACCACCUCCCCGCGGGGGCAGACGACGACAGCACCAGCGGCGGCGCGCGGGAGGCGCAGGCCCAGUACGCCAGGAGCCGGUCCGAGCCGGCCGCGAGGCCGCCGCCGCCACGGGUUCGCAGGGCUACUGAUAAGAACGAGGAGGCCGCCGAGGCGGUGGUCGGGGCGGCGAAGACGACGAAGUCGAGCUCGGAGGUGAAGAAGCUGGAGCGCGCACCGGCGCAGGCGCAGGUGCGCCGCGCGCCGAGGGCCCCGGCACGGCGCGCCCAGCUGGCGGUGAGGGAGGAAGAGGAGGAUGACAACGCGGCGGUGAGCGUGGACGCGCGGGCCGACGACUUCAUCAACAAGUUCCGGCAGCAGCUGCAGCUGCAGCGGCUCAACUCGCUGCUCAACUACAAGGAGAUGCUCAACCGCGGCUUGUAGGCCGUGCAGCUACGAGCUAGUGUUCAUUUGCUGUCGAGUGUGCGUGGUGUAAUGGAGUAACACAGUAUACAUACUAGUGGAAUGUACGGCCGAUUUUUUUUUUUUU